CCCGACUCCCUCUCGCUCUCCGGAGCGGCCGCGAUGAGCAAUGGCCAAUGCUAACGACACCAUCGGUGCCAUUCUCGUCGGCGCUCUCGUCUCCGCAGUGCUUUCGGGGACCGUCACUACGCAGGCCUUCAUCUACUUCAGGCUGUAUGGAGGCGACGACUACAAACGCAAUACGUUCAUGGUGUCUCUGCUAUGGGGGCUGGACGCUCUGCACUCCUCCAUGGCAUUCGCUUCGGCAUGGAUAUACCUCAUACAACAUUGGGGGGAUACUACAAUAUUUGAUUUUAUACCUUGGACGAUCGCAUUAACAGUGGCUCUCACCGCUAUCGUCACAUUGAUAUCGCAUUGCUUCUUCGCUCACCGCAUCUACGUCUUGAGCGGGUUCUCAUGGUGGCUGACUGCGCCUAUCCUUGUCCUUGCAUGCGCAAGACUAGUGGCAGCAUUUGUGUCGACAUCUGAGAUGAUAACUCUACGGAGUUACGAGGCCUUCGUGGACCGUGUUGGAUGGGUUUUCACCAUGGGCCUUUCGCUAUCCACUGCGGUGGAUGUACUAAUCACAAUAACGCUAAUCGUACUCCUGCAACGGAGCCGGACGGGUUACUCUACUAUAACGGACCACCUAAUUGACGUAGUCACAUUAUACACCGUUGAAACCGGUCUAGUUACCAGUAUUACUACUGCAGUCUCCUUGAUCUGUUGGCUUGCGAUGCCCCGCAACCUGAUUUUCCUUGCGCUUCAUUUCUCAAUAUCCAAACUUUAUGCGACCUCCACUCUAGCGACAUUGAACGCACGCAAAUCACUGCGCCGUCGGACGCACAAGGUGGACGACCAUAUCCUGCCCGUGAUAUCGUCGCUUCACGAGGCACAGAGCGCCACCCAACGCGAGCGCGAGGAUAUCCUGGAUCCCAAGUCGGAGCAUACGGGCAGCGAGGCACGAAUACGGGUGACCCGAGUGGAGCUCAAACCGGAGCAGGACGGUAGUGCUGAGCCUCCGACUGACGAGGCGAGACAGCAGUGGGAAGAGGAGGAGCGACAUCGACGACAUUCUCGGGAACAUGAUCCCCUCCCACCUGUAUAGUGAGGACAUUGAUCGGACCGAUAUACGUUCGUUUUCGUUGCAGUCGUAGCACAUUUUGUACUUUUAGC